AUGAAAGGCAACAAUUAUUUCCAGAGUACUAACGCAGAAGAUGAGCACUUAUACGAAGAAGCGAGUUCAAAAGAAGCUGUGACACGGAACGGCUCAUGCAACAAUUUAGCUGAUCAAACAAGCCCUUACGCGAAUCUCGAUCCGAACAAAUUGGUGGAUGCUUAUGGAUUUGGAUUGUAUCAAAUGUUGUGUCACUUUCUGGGCAACGGUGUAAGCUUUUUCUACUCUUCGGCCUUGUACGUCAUGCCAUAUGUGGGAGCGAGUCCUACCCUUGAAUGUGUCUAUCAGAACCAAAGUCUUCCUGUUGAUACAAGCUGCUUGAUUUCAUCAAAAGGAGACCUUUUGCAUGGAAAGUGCGGAGUCGUUGAGAACACUUCUUUGAUAAUCAAAGAGCCUUCUUAUUCUACUACUUUAAUCAAAGAAUUUGGUCUAAGCUGCAGCUCAUUUGUAUGGAAGGAGGCUGGACUGACAGCAUUCACUGUAGGUGCUGUGACAAUGAUGCCGGUAUUGACUUCAAUGGCUGAUUCACAUGGAAGGAGACCACUGAUCUUGCUAGCUUUGACCAUAUCAAUCACUUGUCAUAUGCUCGCUUCAAUUGCUCCAAAUUACUAUAUAUUUAUAUUUCUGAGAUUCUUAAUAGGUGCAGCUAGUGACACCUACUAUUCUUUAGCUUAUGUGCACUCUUGCGAGAUACUUCCAACGUCAGGAAGAGCAUGGAUCACUGUUGUGGAUUCGAUAGCAUGGGUUCUUGGAAUGUUUUGGGUUGGUAUCCUGUCACUAGUUGUGAAGCAGUGGAGGAUGAUGUAUUUUGCUUGCGCAGCUCCGGGGCUCGCAACAGUCGCAUACUAUUUUUUUCUUCCUGAAACACCACAUUGGCUGAUACAACAUGAAAGAUACAAGGAGAUAGAGAAUUUUGUAAGAAUUGCUAACAACUCAUGUAAACGUGUCGACUUACUCCCGGAUGAGAAGCAUGAAAGCUUAGCGGCCGUUCUGCGAAGUCUGCGAAUGUUGGAACUUCUUAUCAUCAAUGGUUUUCUUGAAUUAAUGCUGGCUUUUUACUACUUUGGACUAUCAUUUUUAUCUAUCGAUCUCAGUGAUGACCGAUUCACUGCAUACAUGCUGUCUGCAUUUGUUGAAUUGCCUGGAGGGCUACUCGUAGUUCCUCUUAUGCUCUAUAUGGGGCGAAGAAAUAUAUGUAUGAGUACUAUGAUAAUGCAAGGCAUUGCUAUCAUCAUUGCUCCACUUUCCCAAGAACCACAAUGGUUUUUGGUUGCAUUCGUAUUACUAGGGAAGUUGAUUAACAGCAUUACGUAUGAAGUACACCCCAUAUACAUCUCAGAAAUGGCCCCUACAUCAGUCAGGUCUUUGUUCCAUUCAAUCAUAAACGUUCCGCAAAGUAUAGGAAUCAUCAUAGCACCAUACCUUCGCCACAUGGAUUUUGGACCAAAAUACACAAAGUACUUGAUUGUUGGUAUACUAUGCGUAAUUUCUGGGGCAUCAUGCAUUUUCUUACCAGAAACUAGAGACUGUCCUUUACCACCCGAUAUCAAAGCUGCUUCUAAAUAUUGCUUUACACAUGCAAAAGACAAGGAAAAACUCAUGAGCAAACGACAGUCUGAAGACACGGCUACCUUAAGUGAAAAAGAAUCAAAAUCUGCCGAAUAA